AUGUCAGUCUGCUCCAGCAACCGUGUUUGCCUGCCCAGUUCUUCUGAGUCUUGCAUGGGCUCCUCCUGGGAGGUGGAUGAUUGCCCUGAGAGCUACUGUGAGCCCCCCUGCUGUGCCCCCAGCUGUUCCCACUGCACCCCAGCCUCCUGUUUGACCCUCAUCUGCACUCCCAUGAGCUGUGGCUCUAGCCCCUGCCAAUCCACCUGCACCAGCUCCUGUGAGCCUUCCUGCUGCCAGCACCCCUGCCAAUUGGUCUGCACCAGCUCCUGUGAGCCUUCCUGCUGCCAGCAGUCUAGCUGUCAGUCAUCCAGCUGCAAGCCCUCCUCCUGCCAGCAACCCUGCUGUGUGCCCGUCUGCUGCAAACCUGUCUGCACCCCUCCUAUCUGCUGCGUGCCCAUCUGCUGCAAGCCUGUCUGCUGUGUGCCUGUGUGCUGUGGGGCCUCCCCCUGCUCCUCCUCCUCGAGCUGCCAGCCCUCUCCCUGUGCCCCCUCCUGCUGCAAACCCUCCUCCUCCGUGUCCCUCAUCUGUAGCCCUGUGUGCAAGCCUGCCUGCUGUGCCCCCACCUCCUCCUGUUGUGCCCCUGCCUCCUCCUGCAUGUCCCUGAUCUGUCGCCCUCAGCAGGUCUUCUGGCCAGAUGAUGGACCACAGCAGGCUGGGCGUGGACAUACAGGGCGGCAGAUCAAGGACAUGCUUGAAGAAGGGCCGCAGGAACUGGACGGGCAGCAAGAGGAGGUGGGAGCACAGCAGGCAGGCUUGCACACAGGGCUACAGAUGAGGGACACGGAGGAGGAGGGUUUGCAGCAGGAUGGGGCACAGGGAGAAGGCUGGCAGCUCGAGGAGGAGGAGCAGGGGGAGGCCCCACAACACACAGGCACAUAG